AUGGACACUGAAUCACUUCUUCUGGCCCUUCAGCUGCAGCAGCAAGACAUGCAGCUUUGGGGACAGUCGAGAAAGGGAAAGCAGCGCGAAGGCGAGAUCACCGACGCGGAUUUGGCUUUUGAGUCAUGUCGUCAUGAGCUUGAUGCAAUGACUGCCCAGAUUUCUGACCAUAUCUUGGCGCUCAGCAUUGCAAGGGCUGUCGAGUCUGAUGGUCAGGUCAUCAGAGAAGCUCAAUUGGCUGAGGAACAGGCUGCGAGAGAUCAUGAGUUUGCCCUCAUGCUCUCGAAUGAUCCGAGUGCAGGAUUAAGGCCGGCCACGGUGGACAUCAAUGAAGAUGAGCUGACAGAUGUCACAGAGGAUGAUAUGAUUGAUAUACUGAGAUCAUUGAACCUCGGUGACUUCCCAUACUCCAUGUCAGGUCAACCUGAGUCAUCGAGUUGGGCAUUGUCACGUAACGAGUCUCAAACGGCAGAAUGUAUUGCUUGCAACGACCAGUUCCCACCUCUGGCACUUUUUAGGACCUCGUGCUCCCAUGAAUACUGUCGGGCAUGUCUUGUGGGCUUGGUUCGUUCGUCACUCCAAGACGAAAGCUUGUUUCCUCCAAAAUGCUGUGGGCAGACCAUCCCUAUCAAGCAAGGCCGAUGGUUUUCUCCACAGCUCAUCGGUCAGUUUCAGGCCAAGAAGCUGGAGCUUGACACAUCAAAUCGCGUAUAUUGCAGCGAACCUUUCUGUUCAACCUUUAUACCACCUGUCUUUAUCGCUGGUGAGACAGCGACUUGUCCCAAAUGUGAUCGAAAGACUUGCAUUCACUGCAACGGGCCACGUCACACAGGCGUCUGCCCCAACGAUACCGCUUCACGGCAAGUCCUGCAACUUGCAGACCAAAAUGGUUGGCAGCAGUGCUAUUCCUGUCACAGAGUUGUUGAGUUGGAGACUGGAUGCUACCAUAUGACCUGUCAUUGCAGGGCCGAAUUCUGCUAUCUCUGCGGUGGCCGUUGGAAGUCUUGUACUUGCCCACAAUGGGAGGAAGCUCGCCUUAUCAGACGGGCCAAUGUCGUUGUGGACCGAGAUGACAAUGCCGGCCGUAUGAACGCGGCUUUGCGCCAGGCUCGUGUCGAAGAAGAGAGAGUUAACUUGAUGGAGAAUCACGAAUGCACACAUGCAAAUUGGGAAGUGCGAGCUGGUAAUCACCAGUGCGUUGUCGCUUUAACCGGCUCUAAGGGGCUUCCAUUAGCGACGUCUGUCUAUCAACCGCUCUCGUAUUUGGAUCAGUACUAA